CACACCACACCCACCGCCUUAGUUCACAGUCCAUUUAUAGCUUUGCUCCCCCCGCCGCCCUUCUCGCGCAGCUCGAUCGAUCGAAGCUUAAUGGAGGUGGAGCGUGUCCAGGCGAUCGCGUCGCUGAGCGCGGCGGCCAACGACAUCCCGGCGGAGUUCGUGCGGCCGGAGCACGAGCAGCCGGGCUUCACCACGUACCGCGGGCCGGCCCCCGAGAUCCCCGUGGUUGACCUCGCCGGCGAGGCCGAACGGGGGGCGCUGGCGACCCGGGUCGCGGCGGCGGCCAGGGAGUGGGGGAUCUUCCAGGUGGUCAACCACGGCAUCCCGGCGGAAGUGGUGCGCGAGCUGCAGCGGGUGGGGAAGGCCUUCUUCGAGCUGCCGCCGGAGGAGAAGGAGAAGUACGCGAGCAAGCCAGGGAGCACGGAGGGCUACGGCACCAAGUUGCAGAAGGAUCUGGAGGGGAAGAAGGCGUGGGUUGACUUCCUCUUCCACAACAUCUGGCCGCCCGCCACGAUCAAUUACGCCUUCUGGCCAAAGAUCCCUCUAGAAUACAGGAAGGCUAACGAGGAAUACAGAAAAUACUUGGGUAUUUUGGUGAACAAAAUUCUUAUAAUGCUAUCAAAGGGACUAGGACUAGAAGAUCAUGUGCUUAUGCAGUCUGUCGGAGGACAAAACUUGGAAUACCUACUUAAGAUCAACUACUACCCUCCAUGCCCACGCCCGGACCUAGCCUUAGGGGUCGUGUCCCACACCGACAUGUCUGCGAUCACAAUCUUGGUGCCUAAUGAUGUUCCUGGACUUCAAGUCUUCAAAGAUGAUCAAUGGUUCGAUGUUAAACACAUUCCUAAUGCCAUUAUCGUUCACAUAGGAGACCAAAUCGAGAUACUAAGCAACGGAUAUUACAAGAGUGUUUUGCAUAGGACAACUGUGAACAAAGAGAAGGCAAGGAUGUCGUGGCCUGUGUUUUGUAGCCCUCCCCCUGAGAUGGAGAUUGGUCCGCUGCCACAACUAGUGAGUGAUGAGACUCCUACAAAGUAUAAGACUAAGAUGUACAAGGACUAUGCUUACUGCAAGCUGAACAAGCUUCCUCAGUAAACCUAACUCAUUAGUUGGGGUCAAGUGCAUUUGUGGUUAUGGUUGGCCUUGUUUAUCAUGCAUAUGUAUAGGCCCUUGUUAUGUUUAAUUAUCUUUCUUGGAACCUUUCUAUUAUCAAUAAUGCAUUCAUAAUAAAUAUCA